GUGGCUACGCCGUGACUAUUAUUAGUCCUCGGUCAUCGGAGAGAAGUCCCUGUGUGCGCGAGCGAAGACACGACGACGGCAACGGCGACGACGCACGUACGCACGCACGUACGGUCGUACGCACGUACGCACGUUCAACGAGGAAAAGUCGCGUCUCUCGUCGAGUCGUCGGAGAAAGUGCGUCCAAGUGCGUCUCUUGGAUCCCGCCCGAAAAUUCGCCUCCGUGCGUGCACGUGCGUGCGGAACGCACACGUUGCGCCGCGCCGCGCCGCGAGUGUGUCCGCUAUAACAGUGAUCCGUGUGCAAGAAGAAGGACCUCGGUAGCAUCCGCUCGUUGGACCUUGGAAAGGAUGAUUCUCGCACGCUCUUCACUAUGAGGGAUGCGGUUCCACAGAAAGGAAAUAAUAACAUAGCUACCCCCAAGUCCAAACCGUCCUUAGAAAUAUACCGACCCCCAGUUUCAUGGUCAUCUCUAGGUGGGAGAGCGGAAGGAACCACGGCGAACGUCACUAAUCUUCGACUAAACGUGCACGCCAAGGAAUUCACGAUGAAGCAGAACGAUUCGCAUCCUUCUAAGUCUCGGAAUAAUGCAUCGGAGCGCUCCUCGUAUUAUCUGCAGCACAGUAAAUCGAGCGGUAAUAUACACCGUUAUCUCUACGCUCAGCAACAACAGCUACAACAUCCUCUACAGCAACAGCACCAGUUAUCGUCCCGUCAUUCUCAGAGUGGCCAUCACGCGACAGCAAAUUCCACAUUUCGACAGCUCCAUUCUUUAGAUAUGUCCACAUCCAGCGGGAACAUCUUGCACACCGCGAAUCGAGUACAUUUCAAUGUGGAACAAAACGAAGUUAAAACUAAUUCUAUGAAACCGGGGAAGCUUACCAAAUCGCAUACCUUCGUGUCGACUUAUGGCCUGAAGCGCUCGAAGAGCCUGAACUCAACGGAUGUAUUAACCGCUAAAGCACUCAAUAUUGCGGAUGCCUCCGAGCUCGGGAAAUUUCCCUCGCCCGUUCAAGAUAUACUUUUGCGAGCGAUAGAAGAUCCGAAUCUUUUAAAUGCGAGAACGUUGAUGGAACUAGUACGACACAUUCUGGAUAGAGUAGUGGAGAAUCGCAAGUAUGCCGAGCCGGCAGCUAAAAUUUGCAUCACAAUUAUAGAGAAAGAAACAAAGGAAACUUUCCUGGAAUCCUUGUUAAAUACGUGCCAACAAUGGUACCAGGAUCGCGCCAGAUUACUGCAUGACGGCACGACCUGCCAUCGGUACUCAGCCUUUAUGAUGUUUCUCAACGAGAUGUAUUGCCAGUUGAAACGACGGCAGCUACAAUUGAAGACACAGCAGGAGGGCGUUCCUCCCGGACGCGUGCUGCUCACGCUGCUUUGGAAAUGUUGCCAGGAUUGUCUGCAGCCACCCGCCAUCGAUUCACUUGCCGAGACGAACUGCCUAUUCUUCAUCCUCACGUGCAUUGGCAAGGAUCUGGACGCGGAGCUGCCCGCGCAGCUACAACAGCUGCUUGGCAGCGUACGCGACGCCUUCCUAGCAGAGGAGACGACGCUACCACCGGUGAAGAGGACUCUUCUGCAACUGAUUGAGCUCCAUGCCGCACAUUGGCAACUGCCAGCACCUGCGGUGGUUUACUACUACCCCUCGAACUCAAACUCCAAGUGACCGCCACUCGACACCUGCGGUCUCUCCGUCCAUCUUCCCAGAGUAUGUGCGAGUGGAUUUGCACGAAAGCAUCAUGGGUGUACUUUAAGUAUUUGUACCGGAACGAAAUAUUUUGUAACGAGCGCGCUAAUAUGCCUUUCGACAAUAAAUAUACGAACGAAAGUACGACGUCGAUGAGUUAUACGCAAUCCUUUUUUUUUUAUUUCACGACGAUCGCGAACGAUUUGCGAUGAUCUCGUUCCUUCCACGAAACGGAAGUUUUUUGUUCGAUGAUUCUGUAUGCAAACGAUGGUAUACGAAUAAACAAGUUCUUUUAC